AUGCCCACCAUCGUCGUCCUCGGCGCCGGCGUCAGCGGCCUUACGUGCGCGCUGCUGCUGGCGAAGCAGAAGGGCAACACCGUGACGGUCGUCGCAAAGCACAUGCCCGGCGACUAUGACAUCGAGUACACCUCGCCAUGGGCUGGUGCCAAUGUCCUACCAAUGAACCUCGAGAAAGACAGCCGCUGGGAACGCCGCACCUGGCCCGAAAUGCGCCGUCUGGCGGCCGAGGUCCCCGAAGCCGGGCUGCAUUUCCAAACCGCCCGCGUGCUCCGCCGCAAGGUCGACGUGGAAGCGGGUCUCAAGAGCGCCCUGGCGGACGGGCUGUUCCAGCUGUCGCCCUGGUACAGGGAGGUGAUGGACAACUUCCGCGAGCUGCCGGCGUCGGAGCUGCCGCCGGGGAUGCACUCGGGCGCCGAGUUCACGUCCGUCUGCAUCAACACGGCCAUCUACCUGCCCUGGCUGGUCGGCCAGUGCGCCCGCCACGGCGUCGUCUUCAGGCGCGCCGUGCUCAAGCACAUCUCGGAGGCGGCCCGCAUGAGCCACACGGGGCGGAGGGCCGACGUGGUGGUGAACGCGUCCGGCCUGCUGGCGUGCCGCCUGGGCGGCGUCAUGGACGCCAAGGUGCAGCCGGCGCGCGGCCAGAUCGUGCUGGUGCGCAACGAGGCGGCCGGCGUCAUGCCCACGACGAGCGGCUGCGACGACGGGGACGACGAGGUCGUCUACGUGAUGCAGCGCGCCCACGGCGGCGGCACCAUCCUGGGCGGCACGUACCAGAAGGGCAACUGGGAGGCCAACCCGGACCCCAACGUCGCCGUGCGCAUCAUGAAGCGCGCGGUCGAGACGCACCCGGAGCUGACGGGCGGCAAGGGCAUCGAGGCCUUGGACAUCAUCCGGCACGGGGUCGGGUUGAGGCCGUGGAGGGAGGGCGGGGUCAGGCUCGAGAAGGAACUGAUCGACGGGACGUGGGUUGUGCACAAUUACGGCCACGCCGGUUGGGGCUAUCAGGGAAGUUAUGGUUGUGCCGAGAGAGUGGUGGAGCUAGUGGACGAGAUCGUAGGGAGGACGAAGUGCGAGUCAAAGUUGUGAACUCAAAUGGCAUGCCAAUGGUAUACUAUAAAGAAAAAUAUUGGUAUAACCG